AUGGCGGACAAGGAAGCAAAGCCCCCAAUUCUGGUUCUUGGGGGGGACUGAAAUGCUUCCCCAGCAGCCUUCGACGAUGCGGUGGAGGAGCGGGUGAUCAACGAGGAGUACAAGAUCUGGAAGAAGAACACGCCCUUCCUCUACGACCUGGUGAUGACCCACGCGCUCGAGUGGCCCAGCUUGACUGCCCAGUGGCUUCCUGAUGUAACGAGACCCGAAGGCAAAGAUUUCAGUAUUCACCGGCUAGUCCUGGGGACACAUACUUCAGACGAGCAAAAUCAUCUUGUGAUAGCCAGCGUGCAGCUGCCCAAUGACGAUGCACAGUUUGAUGCUUCACAUUAUGAUAGCGAGAAAGGAGAGUUUGGAGGCUUUGGCUCUGUUAGUGGGAAGAUUGAGAUUGAAAUCAAGAUCAACCAUGAAGGAGAAGUGAACAGAGCACGUUACAUGCCCCAAAAUCCAUGUAUCAUUGCUACAAAGACUCCAUCCAGCGAUGUCCUGGUCUUUGACUACACCAAGCACCCUUCUAAACCAGACCCUUCUGGUGAGUGUAAUCCUGACUUGCGUCUUCGUGGACACCAGAAGGAAGGCUAUGGGCUGUCAUGGAACCCAAAUCUCAGUGGACAUUUGCUUAGUGCUUCUGAUGAUCAUAUACCCCUUUUCUCUAAGACCAUCUGCUUGUGGGAUAUUAGUGCUGUUCCAAAGGAAGGCAAAGUGGUGGAUGCAAAGACCAUCUUUACUGGACAUACAGCAGUAGUGGAAGAUGUAUCUUGGCACCUGCUCCAUGAAUCUCUCUUUGGAUCUGUUGCUGAUGAUCAGAAGCUCAUGAUCUGGGACACCCGGUCAAACAAUACCUCCAAGCCCAGUCAUUCAGUGGAUGCUCACACGGCUGAAGUGAACUGCCUGUCUUUCAAUCCCUAUAGCGAGUUUAUUUUGGCCACAGGAUCAGCUGAUAAGACUGUUGCUUUAUGGGAUCUGAGAAACCUGAAACUGAAGCUCCACUCAUUUGAAUCGCACAAAGAUGAAAUAUUUCAGGUGCAGUGGUCUCCCCACAAUGAAACCAUUUUGGCUUCCAGUGGUACUGACCGUAGGCUAAACGUCUGGGACUUAAGUAAAAUUGGAGAAGAGCAGUCUCCUGAGGAUGCAGAGGAUGGCCCACCAGAGCUCUUGUUUAUUCAUGGUGGUCACACUGCAAAGAUAUCUGAUUUCUCCUGGAAUCCCAAUGAACCCUGGGUAAUUUGUUCUGUAUCAGAAGACAAUAUCAUGCAAGUCUGGCAAAUGGCUGAGAACAUAUAUAAUGAUGAAGACCCUGAAGGAAGUGUGGAUCCAGAAGGUCAAGGGUCCUAGAUGGUUGAGCUUUUACUGGGUGUUUUUUUUAGUCCUUUCCUUCUCUUCCCUCCCAACUCUGACUACACACACACACGCACGCACACAUGCUCUGUUCAGUCAUCCUACAUCAAUAGUGCUUUUGAGCCAGACAACAAGUACUCUGCAUACAGGGGUGUGGCUCUGUUGAGGUGGUACAGUGUUGAAGCUUCUUGUUUUAAAUUUUGUACAGCAGUCUUUCAUGUACAGAGCUGGGUACCCCACUUUAGUUGCCCUCAUGAUAUGGAGCAGACUUGCUUUUUUCCUGUUUUUAAAUGCUACAGCUGAAGGUUUUCUGGCCAAUUUUAAACAAAAGGUAGAGGGGUAGAGCCCACAGUGUGUGCUCGAGCCAGUGCAGUACAGAUAUUGCAGAGGGUAUUAAUUUGCGGCUACUUGCAGGCGGAGAGUAGAGUCUGUCUUGCUAAGACUGGAAAUUAUUGGCAUUUCUUUUCACUUCAUAUUUGUAUUUCCUGAUGCAAAUAAAUCCAUAAAAGACAGACUCAUGAAGACUUUUACUUCAGCUGGAAUUAGAAAUAUGUCUGUAAACGUCCUCUUUCCUGGUAAUUCUGAGUUUCAUUUUUUCCUCCCUAUCUCUUUCUUCUUUCUCCCUUUUGAUAAAGUCACAAGAGUUUGGAUACUCUAGCUAUGCCUGCAGAGAGCAUUUUUCAUCUUCCACAUAUGCUCUAUUGUGUGUUUCUUGAGCUGUGUUUCCCUAUGAUUUCUUUCCUUUCUGUGAAAUGGUUUUUAAAACUUGGGACCACCAAGUUGUAAAGGUGUAUGUCUUUACCUGACUGAUGUACCACAGAUGGCAUGCCCAGUAAUCUAAAACAGAGCAUUGGUAGCUGGUAUUUGUAAAACUAUAUAAUAAAUGUGGAUAAGCUACUUUUUUUAGGAGUUAGUCUUGACCACUAGUUUCUGCACAUCUUCCACUAGGGUGAUCCGUUCCACCAGCAGCCUGUUACUCUCCAUGAUUAAUUAUGUGUAUGUGCUCCAGAUGGAAUAAAUUGUUUUUCUACAGACA